AUUCCACUCUCUCACAUCUUUCUUGUAAAAUGCAUGCUCUUAUUUUUUCCUAAUCCAUGUCAAAUUAGACUUUUUUUUGUUGCAAAAUGCCUCAAUUAUGCCCAUUUGUAGCUCUCAUUCUUUUCACCAUUCUGUGUCUUUGAUGGGACUUAAACACAGAUUUGGAUGGGUGGUUUGUUGUGUAUAGGAUGCUAUUGUUAUGUUCGAAUUUGAAACCAAUAAAACCCACAAAACAAAAUGGGCUGCGCUUCUUCUGUUUAUGCUGUUGGAGGGAGGAAGAAGUUGACUGUCCCCGAAGUCGUCGUCCUCGUCCCAUCAACGCGAAUUCCUGCACAAUCUGAUCUUCAAAGGCGGCUUAGAGGCCUAAUCCCAAUAGAUCUUGCUCACAGAUUGUCUUCCCUUCGCAAUCAGAUUGUCUUAGUGGCAGAGGACACUGGUGGAUCUGCUAUUCCUGAACUGAGGAGAGCACUGGAGGAGUACUUGUCUGUUUUAAUUGGGCUCACUAAGAAAGAAUAUGGUCUAGAGGGAUCGGUUGAAUUCAAGUGGAAAAGCUUAGAGGAUGGCAAGCAGGAAGCCUGUGUGGCAAACUCUUGGUUUGAAGUCCUGUCUGUUGUUCACCUCAUGGCUGUGCUUACAUUGUCGGAGGCUGACAUAUUGAUGAUCCCACACGACCAUUCUGGUUCCGGUUUAAGGACUGUCUCUUCAGAUUGCAAAAGAGUUGCUGUCGACUUGCUGCUUAAGGCAUCAGGCUACUUGGAAUUCUGUGUCCGGGAUGUACUGAUUCGCAUACCGCCUGAAAUCAAGAAAAAGUUGCCAAACAAUUUGCAUGACGGUGUAUUGGAGGCCAUUUCCUUUCAAUCUCUGGGCCAGGGAACAGAAAUUCAGCUUGGUUUGGCUGUUGACUGUCAGAAGGCCACUUUAUCAGUCAAAAGAAGAUUGGCAUGUGAGCAAUUGACCUAUUUUAGCCAGGCUUAUCACUGCUUGUCAGGAUGUGACAUCAAUAACGGGUGUGGGAAGAAGCAUAUGUGGUUCAUCAAAUGGAAAUUUCUUGAGUCAAAGGCUGCAGCAUACUACUACCAUGGUCUGAUCCUUGACAAGGGUAAUGAGCCAUCCUGCCACGUUAGCGCAGUAUGUUGUUUUCUUGCCGCGGAAGAAAUUCUAUCAGAGAGCAAGAAAGCUUGCUUAACCUUUUGCCUUGCAGCUCCAGUUACCAGGGCUCCUCCACUCUGGGGAGCUAUGAGGCAUUUGCAUCAGAAAAUUCCUGAAGUUGCAACAAGGAAAUCUCAGAUGUAUGGCUACCUCUUAGAGCAAGAGAAGGCUCUCCAAACAUUGCCUGACCUGCCAGAAUUUCAACUGUCAUUAAGACCCGAUGACUAUCAGCUACCGGAAAUGGACCCAGCUUGGGAUGCCGAAAAGUGGGAAACAGAAGGCCAGACCCUGAAAGAGCAUCUUAAAGACAGUGAAGAUGAGACUGAAACUGAGUGAUAGCACACCACAGGAGGAGGAUAGCAACUAGUUACGGUCUUGCUUUGGUUUACCUUUAAUUACUUAACCAUAUCUAUGUAUAUGUUUUAUAUAUGAAUCUGAUGAUAUAUGAUAAGACAUCAUUUUUGCUUCCCUGCCUGCCCAUUCCCAGGACUUUGGAAGUGUAAGUUGACUUUGAGUCAAAAUAUAAAUUAGAAAUUUGAAGAUGGAUAUGCAUGCACGUUCAUAUUA